AUGGAUGCUGGAAUCAUUAUGUCAUUUAAAAGAAAUUAUCAUCGCUAUCAUAUUCAAUGGAUGCUUAAGCAAGUUGAAGAUGGCAUGGAUACUCAAGACCUAAAGAUGGAUAUUUUACAAGCCAUUAAAUAUAUAAUCCAAGGCUGGAAUGAA